AGGAAAGGCUGCUCGGCUCUGCUGUGUGUGUGGGCUUUUUUUUUUUCUCCUUUUUUUUCUUCUUCUUCUUCUUUUCCUACUUCCAUCCUCUCCCCGCCACUGGAAGUCCUCCCGUAUCUAAAUGGAAUUAGUGGAGACCGAAGCCCCUUGUGUAAGGAACAGACAUGACCCAUGGGCGCAGCUUCUUUCACAUUGUAGCAAGUCUAAUCAUCCUACAUUUGUCUGGGGCAACCAAAAAAGGAACAGAAAAGCAAACUGUUUCCGAAGGACAGAGACCAGUGCAGUGUGGAACUUGGACAAAAUAUGCAGAAGGAGGCAUCUUCACUUCUCCAAAUUACCCCAACAAGUAUCCUCCGGACAGAGAGUGUGUCUACAUUAUAGAAGCUGCUCCUAGACAAUGCAUUGAACUACACUUUGAUGAAAAAUAUUCCAUAGAGCCUUCUUGGGAGUGUAAAUUUGACCACAUAGAAGUACGAGAUGGACCUUUUGGCUUUUCCCCAAUCCUUGGACGUUUCUGUGGACAGCAAAAUCCACCUAUGAUAAAAUCCAGUGGCAGAUUCCUGUGGAUUAAAUUUUUUGCUGAUGCUGAACUGGAAUCUAUUGGGUUUUCUGCUCGGUAUAAUUUUACACCUGAUCCAGAUUUUAAGGACCUUGGCGUUUUGAAGCCAUUGCCAGUUUGUGAGUUUGAGAUGGGAGGACCUGAAGGAAUUGUGGAAUCUGUACAAAUUGUUAAAGAAGGAAAAGCUUCUGAAACUGAAGCAGUAGACUGUAAAUGGUACAUCCGAGCACCACCCCGAUCCAAGAUCUAUUUGCGAUUUUUGGACUACGAGAUGCAGAAUUCCAACGAAUGCAAAAGGAAUUUUGUAGCAGUGUACGACGGAAGCAGCUCGGUGGAAGAUUUGAAGGCAAAGUUUUGCAGCACAGUUGCUAAUGAUGUGAUGCUGAGGACAGGCCUGGGUGUAAUCCGCAUGUGGGCAGAUGAAGGCAGUCGAAACAGCCGAUUCCAGAUGCUCUUCACAUCUUUCCAAGAACCCCCUUGUGAAGCCAACACAUUCUUUUGCCACAGUAAUAUGUGUAUAAAUAAUACACUGGUCUGCAAUGGACUCCAGAAUUGUGUGUACCCCUGGGAUGAAAACCACUGCAAAGAAAAAAGAAAAGCAAACCUAUUGGACCAACUUACCAAUACCAGUGGGACUAUAAUUGGGGUGACUUCUUGCAUUGUGAUCAUCCUCAUUGUUAUCUCUAUUAUAGUACAGAUCAAGCAGCCUCGUAAAAAAUUUGUCCAAAGGAAAGCAGACUUUGAUCAAACAGUUUUCCAGGAGGUGUUUGAGCCUCCUCAUUAUGAGUUAUGCACCCUUAGAGGGACAGGGACUACAGCUGACCUUGCUGACGUUGCAGAUGACUUUGAAAAUUAUCAUAAACUGCGGAGAUCCUCUUCAAAAUGCAUUCAUGACCAUCACUGUGGAUCACAAGUGUCUAGUAUUAAGGGCAGCCGUAGUAACCUCAGCACAAGAGAUGCUUCUGUCUUGACAGAAAUACAACCCCAGCCUGUAAAACCACUUGUUCAGCCCAUGAACAGGAGAAACAUCCUUGUCAUGAAGCAUAGCUACUCACAAGAUGCUGCUGAUGCGUGCGAGAUAGACGAAAUUGAAGAGGUGCCAACCACAAGUCACAGGCUGUCCAGACAUGAUAAAGCUGUUCAGCGGUUCUGCCUCAUUGGGUCUCUAAGCAAACAUGAGUCUGAGUACAACACAACUAGGGUCUAAGAGAAAAACCUGAGUCAUAGUUUUCUUUAAGUUGAUCUCUGUCUGUUAUUUACUUCUAUGUUGUGUGAUAUGUGGAAGAAGAUUUACAUUGAACUUUUGUUAUAUGUACGUUGUUUUCAUUAUGUAGACUGCUUGAGAAUAGUGCGCUCCUGGGUGAUUUUGAACAUGCUACAGUGAAAUGUGAAACUAUCGUCCUUGGAAACACCAGCUAGAGGUUUUAUGGACUCUGACCAGCUAUUCUGAAAAAAUUCAGCAGUGUUGAGUAAAAUUACUAGAAGGCAAUAAGACUUUGGUUAUUAUGCUUAUCAGUCAUUUAUCUUUUUGUUUUUCUCUCUUCUUUUUGUUGCAAGUAAAAUUCCCAAUUUCAGGAACAAUUUAUUGAAAUCAGGUAUUUAGCCAUUCAUAAUCACUUCAAUAGAAACGUUUGUUGGAUGAGCAUCUAGCAAUAUGACUGAAUUUGACAUUGAGAAAUUAAUCUGCAUGUAUGUUACUGAAUAUUUGAGUUGGCAAAAAUCCCUUUAUUAGAUACAUUGUAAAAAGCAUGCAUUCACAGUUAUUGCUGUUACUGUUCCAUUUCUGUGUCAUAUGCUUGCUACUUGUAACUUUUAUAUAAAAUACAUAAAAUAAUGUAUAAUAAUUUCGUA